ACUCGAGCCAAAGCUAACGAGAAAUCGUCGCGGAGUCGUAUGGAAGUUGGUGGCGUUGUGAUUCAACCUGUUGAUGAAGAAGAUGCUGGUAAUGAACUAUCAUGUCGACGUCUUGCAGCCGUUCGGUUGGUAGUGGCUCAGAAUCGUAUGGAUAUGUUGCGAAAACAGGCUCAGUCGUUAUCUGCUCAUCAGAGCAAGCUAGAGGAGGAGCUGGUAAAACUUGAGGAAAUUCAUCGCGAAAAGAAGCGUCAAAUCGAAAAAGGCAGUGAAGAGUUCGCUGAGAAUUUGAAGAGGGUAUGUAUUGUAUUAUUCUAA